GAUUAUGUGUAUAAACCAUUUUAACACUGUUUAAACGAGUGAGUUUAUUUUCAAAAGAUAAUACACAACUAAACAAGAAUGAACUGAAUUAGAAUAGAGGCUGAUUUUGCUAAUUUGCGUGAAUAAUUUAAAGGAAAAAUUGAAAUGUUUUCAAGGUAGGAUAUUAAAGCUUAAGCAUAACUUUAAAAAAAAAAACAUAUACCAUUACAUUUACUGAUUUUUCGGACUACUGAUAACCAUCUUCUGGGCUGAAAAGACAAUAUGUUUCGAAAAAUAUCAAAUUUGGAGUUGUUUCGUCGUUUGCGAUUAUAUACUUUAUAAGCUUUUGGCUGCUAACUAUUGGAUAUUUCACACCAAAUUGGUUACUUAUAAAUUUGAAAAGCGGUGCCUAUAACAAUGAAUGGGACAAAACUAAACCUGGUGUGACGCCAAAGUUCUGGCAUUAUGGCAAUUCCUGCAACAGUUUAGGAGUAGUGACGUAUAGCUGUGAUGGCAACAUCUAUAACUGGUUUAAGAAUUAUGAUAUACACAACACAUCUACUAUAUUAGGAAUCUCCUUUAAGCUGAUGACGACUGCAUUUGUUGUUGUGUUCACCAAUGCCAGCUUGCUUAUCACAGCGUUUGUUUUUGACUUGUUCAAAUAUUCGUUAUACAUGUCGUUAUUGUCUAUCUCAUUUGGAGUCUUCUAUCCUGUUGCUGCCAUACUUGUUCUCGUAGCGACUAUUUACGUGGAAGCAUCAUUCAAAUAUGAUACAGGGUUUUCCGCAAUGAUUUGUACUAUUGCAGGCGGUCUAAUGUUAAUAUUUUAUGUCAGUUUAAUAUUCUACGACAGGCAAUACAUAAAAAGAAGUCUGACGUCAUGGCCUAAUGAAAACAAACACAAACACUCGAGCGGAUCAAAGGAAUUAGGAAGGGAUCAUGCAUCUAAACUUGACCAAUCGCUCUUUGAAACAACCUUAAAGAAAACUGGCGUCAAUCCAGUACGUGAAUGGGGUUUGCGUAGACUAUGAUAAAAAGAGAAGAUAAAAAUGUGUAGAGAAAGAACAACAAUAGGAAUAAUGAUCAGAUACCGAAAUGUCUUCUGUUUAACAUAAUGUCUCUGAUAUACAACCAAUGAAUGGACAAUUAAGCAGAUAAACGGCGUCAGGGAGCCAUUGGUAUAUGCUUAAUUAUCGUUUGCUGUGAGACAAGAACACCAAAGUACGGGAUAUAAGAAUGUUGGCUAUAUAUUAUUUAAAGUCUGUUGACAAAACUAGGGAAUUGACGUUUGCAUUCUUUUUUUUCUUCGUAGUAUAUAUUGGUUAAUUUCAUUAUUUGCUAAUGCAUAGUGGAACGUAGAUUUCAAAACAAUUCAUGUUUAAAUUGAAUUUGAUGAUACGGUAGUCUCUUAUAAUUUGUAUAAAAUACCUUUAAUGAAAUUGGACAUGGACUUUAGAAUGAGAAUUUUUUUAUUUCAAGGUCUAAUAUUGCUCUAUUUAAACAUAAUGUGGAGUUAUUGUGUUGUGUGAUUACCAAUAUGAAACAAUAUGGUAUUUUAACUUUUCUGACAAUACCUUAAUGCUAAAAAAUUUCAAUUGCAAUGCUUUUGUUUUGACAAACCUUUGACAAAGUAACAUUUUCUGGAAAUUAAAGAUAAAUAACUCAUCAAUAGUCCAUUAUUUUCAACUGUAGAGUGACUUCCCUUUAAACACGAUGAAG